AAUGUCUCACAGGAAGUCCCGUGCUUGAGUCCGUUCAGCUUGACGCCUCUGUAAAAGUUGGAUGUUUGUGAAAUGAAAGCGCUUGUAACAAAUGAAAAUUAUGGCUGAAAUUAAAGAAAAUAACAUUGUCGAAGCAAACGGAGAGGAGGACGGAGCCGUGGCGGCGGCUGCCUCGGAUGACCUCGCCCCGGUGAAGGCUCAUGAGAAAGCCCUCGACUCCUCUCCGCUCCAGCCUGUCGAUGUGCAAGACAGAGCGGAGACAGACGGCCGGGAGGAGCUGGAGCUGGAGCCCGAGCCCGAGCUGGAGCUGGAGCCGGAGCUGGAGCUGGAGCCGGAGCCGGGGCUGGAGCCAGAGGUGGCGGCCCGGCCAGCAGACGCACCGCAGGAGGCCGAGGAAGAGGCUCCCUGCCCGGCCUCAGCCGAGUCCAGCACUGAGCCAAAGUGGGCGACCGGGGCGAAGUGUAAGGCGACGUGGUCGGAAGACGGUCAGCUGUACGCCGGGACUCUGGUGUGGCUGGACGGCCGGCGCUGCAGAGUCCGCUUCGACGGCUACGGCAACGAGGAGGAAAAGGAUGUGAGCGAGCUGAAGAGUCCGGAAACUUCCCCGCCGCCGCAGACGGACGGACAGGUGUGGAAGGCGGGCUCGCGCUGCCGUGCCGUGUAUUCGGAGGAUGGCCUGGUGUACCCGGCCGUGCUGCUGUGGGUCAGAGGGGAGCGCUGCAGGGUUCGCUUCGACGGCUACAACAACGAGGAGGAACAAGAUGUCUGCAGCCUGCUGGCCCCCGGCGAGCUCCACGGCCCGGGCAGAGCCACCGCCGCCAAGGGCGGCACCUGGAGGCAGAGUCCGACUGGCAGCAGCUCCGACUGGAGGAGGAAGAGGAGGGAGGAGAGCCAGGCAGAGAGAGACGGAGAGAGGAGGCCGGCCAGCUCCUCCACUGGUAAAGAAAGAGCCGCUGACCCCCUUCAGGCAGACGGCAGGGGGGGAAACUUCCAGAACGACGCAGCAGAGAAACCGGCCGCUAACCUGUUCUCCUUCUUCCCUCCGGUUCCUCCUCCACCCAACAUCGGCUCGGCCGAGUGUGUGUCCUUCGUCCCUCCUCCUCCUCCUCCUCCUGCGCCUCCUCUGUGCGGCAGGAAGGAGGCGAGCAGCGGCGCGGAUGUGGACGUAACCACGCUCAGCGGCAUGUUGAUGUGCUGGUACAUGUGUGGCUUCCACACCGGCAGCUACAUGGCGCAGCAGCAGUGCAGAACGACCUGCAGACCUGCCAGCUCCAAGGACUGACCGAAGGUUUCUGCGUGGCAGCCCAGAGGCAUUAUGGGAGGAGAAGUGGAUCCAAACACAGAGAGGAUGAUUUUUUUUUUUCUUUAUGACAUUUUACUCAUUUGAUUUGCUCUUGGUUUGACUUUUUCAGGGCUGUGUGUCCUGUGUUGGUGUUCCAGCCCUGAAACGUGUGUGUGUGUGUGUGUGUGUGUGUGUGUGUGUGUGUGUGUGUGUGUGUGUGGUGUGUGUGUGUGGUGUGUGUGUGUGUGUGUGUGUGUGUGUGUGUGUGUGUGUGGUCUUUGACUCGUGUUCACAUGGUUCUGAUGGGACUGUAAAGCUGUUCCAUGUUUGUUCUCCUGAGAACGCUGCAGAGUGCUGCUGAGUUCCUGCGUUUUGUUUGAUUAUGAUGUUUCUCUCAUCAUGCCGAGUGAAAAAAAAAAAGUUUUGUUGUUGUUGUUGUUUUUCUGUUGAGAAAAGGCUGAAAUAAAAGUGGAAGAGCCUGGAUUUAUUGGUUCUGCAGUUAAGAGAUGUUACACUAAAAAAAAAAGUCUUAUUUUCACUUUCAUUUGUGAGAUGAAAUGAAUAAAGUAAAGGCUAUUUUGUUAAUAAAAGAAAAGCAUUAAAA